GUCCCCAACGAUAGAUACUGCGUCCUUGUAUAUCUCGAUAAUAUCAAUUGAUACCGCACUUGACGAGAAGCGUCAGCCUGAACAUUUUACUCCGCCUUCGAAACUUGCAACUCCUGUCCUUUGGACUCGCUCGGCUCACCGCCAAUUCCUCCCCACCCCCCCAAACCCCUCCAUUAUACCCAUAUUGCAAUAUAGGCAUACUCGCAAUGUCUCGAAACAUUCGACACAAGUCCAAUUCCUCCUCGACCAAGAAACCGGCGAGGUCUAGGUCCCAUACGACGGACAAUUCCUCCGAUGAUGAUUACGCUGGGGUGGAUCUCAUAUCUGAUUCGGAGGAAGACGAGCCGGAUGUCGAGGAGGUCGAGGAGCAGGCAAUUAUUGAAUCGGCGGAAGACUUUGAUGACGACGAUUCGCUCUCUACUCCUCGGCCCUCGAUAGAAGAUGAUGGCAGCAGUUGGGACGGUUUUGGCGCCGAUUCCGGCCAAGAUGUGCUUGGCGACGAACCUUUCUUCGAUGACCAUAUGGCCCGCAUGCAUGCUCCCGACUACGACACUGAGGCAACUGUAUGGGCCUCGACCAACAUCCAAUCUGAUGAUGACCCUGGGCCUCGACGUGUUCGUUUUAAUUUGUCUGAUAGUAGUUCGUCGACUGCCUCGGAUGAUGAUGACGAUCUUUACCCCGAUUUAUUUAUGGACCAAGACAGCCUUGCUCCCUCUUUUCGCCGACGGAUAGAGAAUGAUGAAGACGAGCAGAAUCCAUCGAGUGAAGAUGGAUCGUAUUGGGAUUUUGACGGGGAUAAGCUUAAUCAACCCGAGGAAGAUGAAGAAAGCGAUGAUGGGGAAUCAACAGGCUCGAGUGGCUAUGAAACUGACGAGGGCGAAACCACUGAAGAGGAAGAUCCGCCUGAAAAUGUCCGGGAGAAGUUUCUACAUCCACGGUCCGUGCUUCGACGCCAAUCACCGGAUUCCGAAUCCGAGGAAGAGAUCACUGUCACUCGUCGAGCCCCUCCUCGAGCUGGACGUGGUCCAAGACUUGGUUCUUGGGUCCACAAUGCCAGUCGACCCUUCGCGGUCAUUAACACUGACGGCAGUCGUCUAUUCAUGUUCAAGGCAAGAGUCAACCGCCGAUUCAGCCACAGCCACAGCGAACCACGACCUCAGACCAGUCCUGUGCACGGAAGCGAUGCCGAUUUAUCAAUGGAUCAGAUGUCACCCAUGAUCAGCAACUCAGCCAAUCUAAUGAUGAGUGCAAUGUACACUCCUCUGGAUUCAUAUAUGGGUAAUCUCGGCGGUCAAGCGCUGGGUCCACCCGAAGCUUUCUACCCUUUCACUAGCAUCAAUGCUAAUGGCGACAUCACUCAAGACAGUCCGUCUUCUUUCGAUGAAGACGACCUCGACGAUGAAGAUCUGUGGAACGUCGAGGACUUCAUCAACUUCGGGGAGGAAAGCUCAGAUGAUGGUGGUGCAGAAGCAGACGAAAACAUAUCCGCCGCCGGAGAUACACCCCGCCCCACGACUGCCACCAGCGAAGAUCAACCCCAUCACCUGCUCCUGAAUCCUGACCUCGUUGGAGCCUUCCGCAAGAACCAACACAAGCACAAACUCAUGACUCGUCACAACGCCACUAUGGAUUCUCUCGUCUUUGCUGGACCAUACUCUGCUACUACUCUACGCGGCAUCAAAGAUGGCCGGAUAGCCCAUGCGGCAACGCCUAUCACGCCGAUGCGCAAACAGAAGCUUCCGCCUAUAGAUUCCAGCCCACUCGCUGGUCUUGCGAGCAAGCGGAAGUUCAGUGGGGAGCAGAGGGGCCAUAAGAGGAUCAAGAGCGAGAAUGAGUUCUGAGAUCUAACACUUCUGAUUUGAGCAACGUGACAUGACCUCUGUCAGACUCGAUGUCUGGGUUCACGAACUCAAAGUGUUAAUCACUUAAUUACCUAAUUCAAAACAACACGCCUGAGGACGGCAUGACAUCUCGCCACGUCAAGAUGUCAUCCCUGGCCCUGGACUUUCCUUGCAGUACAUUUUCCUUGCCUGUUUCGUCUUGUGGGUUUGAU